UACCACUUCGAGUACACAGAAUGCGACAGCAGUGGCUCCAGAUGGAGGGUGGCUGUCCCGAAUCCAUCGGUGGAGUGCUCUGGACUACCGGACCCGGUGAAAGGGAAGGAAUGCACUUUCUCCUGUGCCUCUGGCGAGUACCUGGAGAUGAAGAACCAGGUGUGCAGCAAAUGUGCAGAAGGGACGUACUCACUGGGCAGCGGGAUCAAGUUUGAUGAGUGGGAUGAGCUGCCGGCAGGAUUCUCCAACGUGGCGACUUUCAUGGACACGACAGUUGGCUCGGCUGAGAAUAGAGCCGACAGCUGCAACAACUCAUCAUGGACGCCUCGAGGGAAUUACAUAGAGUCGAACAGGGAUGAUUGUACAGUUUCUCUCAUCUACGCUGUGCACCUGAAGAAAUCUGGUUCUGUCUUCUUCGAGUACCAGUAUAUUGACAACAACAUCUUCUUCGAAUUUUUUAUACAAAAUGACCAGUGCAAAGAGAUGGAGUCCACGGCAGACAAGUGGGUGAAGUUAACAGACAACGGGGAAUGGGGUUCUCAUUCUGUAACUCUGAAGUCAGGUAGCAAUAUAUUAUACUGGAGAACAACGGGGAUUCUCAUGGGGUCCAAAGUAGUAAAACCAGUUCUGGUGAAAAACAUCACGAUUGAAGGAGUUGCAUAUACAUCCGAAUGCUUUGCAUGCAAGCCUGGUACCUUCAGUGACAAACCGGGUUCAUCUGGCUGCCAGGUGUGUCCAAGAAAUACUUAUUCUGAGAAAGGAGCUAAGGAGUGCACCAAGUGUAAAGAAGAGAUAUAUUAUGCAGAUGAGGGAUCCAGUGCGUGUAUAGAGCGUCCUCCAUGCACAAACAAAGACUUUUUCCAGAUCCAUACCCCAUGUGAUAAGGAAGGAAAAACUCAGAUAAUGUACAAAUGGAUUGAACCCAAGAUCUGCAGAGAAGAUCUCCCCAAUGCACUGACCCUACCUCCUUCUGGAGAGAGGAAGGAUUGUCCACCUUGCAAUCCUGGAUUUUACAACAACGCCUCGUCUUCCUGUACUCCUUGCCCACCAGGCACAUUUUCGGAUGGGACACAGGAAUGCAAAGCCUGCCCUGCUGGGACUGAACCAGCUCUUGGGUUUGAGUACAAGUGGUGGAACAUCCUGCCAGGCAACAUGAAGACGUCUUGCUUUAAUGUCGGCAACUCAAAGUGCGAUGGGAUGAACGGUUGGGAGGUGGCUGGUGAUCACAUCCAGAGUGGGGCAGGUGGCUCUGACAAUGACUAUCUUAUCCUGAACCUGCACAUCCCAGGAUUUAAACCUCCGACAUCGGUGACAGGAGCAACUGGGUCAGAACUAGGACGGAUUACUUUUAUUUUUGAGACCAUCUGUUCAGCAGAUUGUGUGCUGUACUUUAUGGUGGACAUUAAUCGAAAAAAUACCAAUGUGGUGGAAUCAUGGGAAAGAAGUAAAGAGAAACAAUCCUAUACUCACAUCAUCUCCAAAAACGCUUCCUUCACGUUCACCUGGGCCUUUCAGAGAAUAAACGAGGGCCAAGAUAGCAGACAGUUCAUCAAUGACAUGGCAAAGAUCUACUCCAUCACGGUGACCAAUGCAGUGGAUGGAGUCGCCUCUUCUUGCCGGGCCUGUGCGCUGGGCUCCGAGCAGUCUGGCUCAUCCUGCGUGCCCUGCCCAGCGGGACACUACAUCGAGAAGGAGACCAACCAGUGCAAGGAGUGUCCGGCCAACACCUUCCUGUCCAUCCACCAGGUCUAUGGUAGGGAGGCCUGCAUCCCAUGUGGGCCUGGCAGCAAGAGCACCAAGGACCACUCUGCCUGCUUCAGUGACUGCCUCGUGUCAUACAUCAAGGAUAACCAGAGCCUGAAUUACGAUUUUAGCAACCUCAGCCAGGUGGGCUCGCUGAUGAGUGGACCCAGCUUCACCUCCCGAGGGACCAAGUUCUUCCACUUCUUUAACAUCAGCCUGUGUGGGAAUGAGGGGAAGAAGAUGGCUAUUUGCACUGACAACAUCACGGAUGUUACUCUGAAGGACAUGGUUGCAGAAUCAGAAGAUUUUUCCAACUUCGUGGGAGCUUUUGUCUGUCAGUCCACGAUCAUCCCGUCAGACAGCAAGGGUUUCCGAACAGCCCUGGCUCUGCAGUCCAACAGCCUUGCCGACAGGUUCUUAGGAGCUACUGUUGAAACAACACUGGAAAAUAUCAGCAUCAAGACAGAUACAUUUCCUCCCUCUCCAAGCAAAAUACCUGAUGUGCAUUUCUUUUACAAGUCUUCAACAGUGACAACCUCCUGUGAAAACGGCCGUGCAACUGUUGUGGCGAUGAGAUGCAACCCCAACAAACCAGACCAAGGAGAGCUUUCUGUGCCCAGCUCAUGCCCGGCGGGCACCUGUGAUGGAUGCACUUUCUACUUCGUAUGGGAAAGUGCAGAAGCUUGCCCUCUCUGCACGGAGCAAGACUACCACGAGAUUGAGGGAGCCUGCAAAAAAGGAUUUCAGGAAACCUUGUAUGUAUGGAAUGAGCCAAAGCAUUGCAUUAAAGGGGUUCCCUUGCCGGAAAAAAGGACCAGCACUUGUGAAACAGUGGACUUUUGGCUAAAAGUUGGAGCUGGUGUUGGUGCUUUCACAGCCGUUCUGCUCAUAGCCUUGACCUGCUAUUUUUGGAAGAAGAACCAGAAGCUGGAGUAUAAAUAUUCCAAAUUAGUGAUGACAGCAAACUCAAAAGAGUGUGAGCUGCCAGCUGCUGACAGCUGUGCUAUAAUGGAAGGAGAAGAUAAUGAAGAAGAAAUAGUAUAUUCAAAUAAGCAGUCACUGCUGGGGAAGCUCAAGUCCUUGGCAACGAAGGAAAAGGAAGAUCAUUUUGAAUCUGUUCAGCUGAAAUCCUCAAGGUCCCAGAAUAUAUGA